AUGUUAUCUACUAAUACGCGACAACAAAAUCCUGCUCCUCAAUUAUUAUCUUCAUCUCAUUCAACUACCAUUAACAAUAAUACCUCUUCAUCUAAAGCUGAGAAUCAUCCAGAUGAGAAUAAAACCCGCCAAAGUGGGUCUUGGUCAAAAGAAGAAGAUGAUCUUUUGAAGGAAUUGAUUAGAACAAUGAGUAACAAAGAGUGA